CGCUAUACUCGACUAACGUGAAAGGCAAGCUGGUACUUGCUUGGAUCCUAUCAUUCAUUCGACGAGGACAAGAAAAAAAAAAUAAUAUUAAUUUUUACCAAAUCCGAUAUUCCCACUUCAAGCCGGUCUUAUCUCCACCCACGGGUUAUUAUUCACCGGGCACGAGAACUUGAGAGCAUUGAGCGUUUUUGGAGAAUUACUGGCUUCGAGGCGCAAUCUCUGGACAUAUCCCAGCAACCUAGCAAGUAUCGACCUGGACCUAGAACUGGGGCCCCCUGUUCCCCUUGUCUCCCGCUUUCGCUCGGCUUGUGAACUAGCAUUCACACCCCCCACCACCAUAUCGACGCAGGUACCUCGACUUACACAUAAAAUACAAAUGUCAACUCUACCCCCCAACCCCCAGGGAGACCUAAUGAGAGCAGCAACCGUCAACAUGGCUGUCGCACAACCGACCAAGUCUAAAGCUUCUUCGAAGCAAAGUAACAAUGCAAACACCAAGACAAAGACACAGAUGCACCGCCGUUCAAGAACAGGCUGCUAUACUUGCAGAUUACGACGAAAGAAGUGCGAUGAGGGUACUCCCAUGUGCUCAGCAUGCAAACAUCUCGGACUUUCCUGCGAAUAUAAGCGACCAAUGUGGUGGAGCAACAACGAUGCGAGGCGACAACACAAGGACGAAAUCAAGAUGAUAAUCAAGCGCAAGAAGCUCUCCGAGAAGGCAUCGCACACCAUUCAAACUUCAGUUAGCUCGCCGCCUGGCUUGUCUCACUCCCUACCUACAUCUGCGACAUUCUCAGACCCUCUUGACCGGACAAGGUCAGCGUCGAUCGAUUCGCAAUUUGCUUUUAACUUCAACAGUCCACCCAAUGUCCCCGAGUAUGGAGCUUACAACCCACACAUACUCCCGUCGCAUGCCGACUUCAUGUUCAACAUGUCUCCUUAUGAGAUUGACGUCAAAACUGAGCGACAAAUGUUUGUCAACGACGUCCCAACUCUUCGGGAAUCGACCGUUUCCACUUUCAGCACUUUCCACACACCACCGCCUCCAGGAACCGUUCUCCCGUCUUAUCCCGCUGACGGAGAAUGGGGCGAGCAAGUUUACCAAGAGCGCAGAGAAUCAUUAGCCGAAGAGAGCUUGAACUGCAACUUCUUCGACUUCUCCCACGGCCUUCCUAACAACACAUCGCAAAUUGACAUUGAUCUAGAUGAGAACGACCAACGAUUAAUGGAACACUUCAUUCGAUAUGUGCUGCCAACAAUCUUCCCUAUCCUGGAAGCCAACCAACAUGGAUCCGUCGGCUCUGACCUCAUCCUGCCUAACCUGCGAGACAACAAGGGCUACCUUCACUGCUGCCUCAUGAUUGCAGCGCAACACUACAAGGCGACAAUGAACGUUCAGGGAGAGGAAGUAGACAACGAUAUCAUGCGACACCGACACGCUACCAUUGUCGCUCUCUGCGAGGCGCUAAACAAGGAUGAGAACCACCACCAGAUCCUCGAGGCAACUCUUGGUCUCAUCUUCUUCCAAUGCUGCGUCGGCCGAUAUGACGACUCGCUUCCUGACAUUCCAUGGCACCAACACUUCCAGGCAGUUAACUCGCUAGUCGCAAAGUUGGAUCUGCCUCGCCUAGUCUCCGACAGCACCGAGCAAUUCACCCCAACCCCAUUCAACAUGACAUUGACUGCAUGGAUCGACAUCCUGGGAGCUACCAUGCAAGGCAGGGCUCCAAUUUUCGCACACACCUACCGCGAAAAGCACCUUUCUGGCAACAACCCAUUCUUGGGACUGCGCGAACUCAUGGGCUGCGACGACCACAUCAUGUACCUCAUUUCUGAGAUUGCCUGCCUUGAGGCGCUCAAGAAGGAGGGCAUGGACGACAUUACUCUUUGCCAGCACGUGCACGCUCUAGGCGACCAAAUUGGAUUGACUGAGGCUAAUGACUGCGGUCCUAAAAUGCCAUUCAACGCCAAUGGCUCUCUUAGCCCGAAACAACUCAGCAAGAACAUCACCAGCGCUUUCCGACUCGCUGCACGCAUCUACCUCUGCAGUUUGGUCCCUGGUUUCUCGCCCAGCCAAGGUAGCUGCGUCGGCCUCGUGGAGAAGCUUACUAACGUGCUACAAUUCAUCCCAUCUGGUCCUGGUGGCUACGACCGAAGUCUCGCUUGGGUCUACCUAAUUGGCGGAUCCGUCAGCGGAAUGAACUCCAGCUUCCGACAAUUUUUCAACGACCGCAUUGCACAGCUUGGCGACGCUUCUAACUAUGGCAGCUUCGGCGGCGUUGUCUCGCUUUUGCAAGAGGUUUGGCAACAAGCCGACAGCAGCCAACCGAGUCCUAGUGCAAAUGGGACCCCAGAGGCGCCCUUCAUCUCCUGGAGAGAUGUUAUGCAGAUGAGGGGAUGGGACUACCUAUUGAUCUAAUCCUCAUAGCUGGUCUUGAGGAAGGUAGUCCUACUUCUCCUCAUCUACUAAGGGUGGCCUUCGGGGCAAUGCAGGAAAUUGCUAGUCCCUUUUGCAUUUUGGCUACGGUUGGCCACGCUACAAAUAUUUUCUUUUCUUUUAUUACUUUUUUUUACUAUCAUCAUAAUACCCACUAGAGAGAGGAUGCCGCAAGGCAACCGGAACGACACUUGGAAUAGGAAGCGGAAGGGUUUUCAGGGAUAUUUAUUUGGAUAUAUCAUCAUUAUUUUAUCGUGGGCAACUGGAGUGAGUUGGCACGAUUUGGGAGGUAAUGAACCUUGCUACGGCUUAACGAGGAGACGACGAUUUCAUUUCCUAUUCUAUCGAUUCCCUUUUAUUUUUUUUCUUUUAUUCCUCCUAUUUGUUGAUAUCAUCGUCGAAUCACAGACCAUAUAUACCAUUGCAUGCAUUGGAAAGGAGGGGGGUCACGAAGGGAGUUUAUCGUGGGCAAUUUGAAGCCAUUCGGUGUUUCGGGGAUUCAGCAUUGGUUCUGGAUUAUAGGCCUA